AUGGAGAUGAUAAGAAAAGUCAACCUGGUCGACCUCUAUGCGAGGAAAAUUCAGAGAUUGUCGACGGCCAUUGCCGUCCUUGCAGAUCCCGGCUCCGCAUUGCUGCAUGUUGCCUGGACCUUACUCGCAUUUUCAGGCUUAACUGACAUUGUUCCCUGUUCAGGGCCAAAGUCAAUCGUUCUGUGCAGACCAAUCCCGGCAUCAGUAGUUCUCUUGUUAUGCUUUGGGAUCUCUCAGCCCUUGGUAGAGCCACCUGGUGAUCGCAUUUUGGGCUGGUGCCCUGUGAUGGCCUCAGCCUGGAUCGCCUUCCCUCUUGAGGUAGAGCUGGUUCCCAGUAUUAGAGCAGCUCCAGAGCCGCUCGGGGACACCUUGGUCACCUGA